AUGCUUGUCGUUGGCGGUGGAGGGUACACGUUGCGCAAUGUCGCUCGUUGUUGGGCUAAUGAAACUGGCGUACUUGUGGAUGUCGACCUGCCUAAUGAAAUCCCUGAAAAUGCAGAAGGGUUACAAACUUUACCUCUUCCAUACGAACUGCACCUGUUUCAAGAAUAUCUUCCCUUCUUCGAGCCAGAGUUUACACUGCGACCUGACCUACCCAAGCGUGCUGACAAUCACAAUACUAAAGAAUUCCUUGCUGCCCUUCGACAAGAAAUUAUUGAGAAUUUGCGACAAGUGAAAGGUGCUCCUUCUGUCCAAAUGAUGCCGAUCCCUGAAGACAUGCUAGAUAACGAUGUAGCUUUAUGUGAGCCCGAGUUGGGCGAUGAAGAGAGAGGCAAGGAUCAUGAAGAAACAAAUACAACAUAUUCCGGAAUGGAAACAUAG